AUGGCCAAGGGAAAGGGGAAGUCUGAUGGUGAUGGGUGCUCUCGUGAGAGGACUAUUUCCUGGGCUGAUGAUCAGACCAAGUUUAUGUUGGAUUGGUGCAUUGAAUACAUGAAGGAACAAUAUGCGGGAUUUAGGUUCAGGAAGCAUCAUCUUUUGAAGUGUGCUGAUGCUUUAAAUAGAAAAUUUGCUAUGGGGGUGACACUUGCUCAAGUUGAUCGUCACUUCAGGCACUACAAAGAAAAUUGGAAGUACAUUGCCGCCGCAAUUAGCAAGAGUGGCAAUGUUUUCGAUGAUAUUAGAUGUGUGGUAACUAUCUUCGAGUCUGAAAAGUCUUGCCUCAAUGAUAGAGCAAGGCGCUUGCUUUCUAAGCCCAUCAAGUUCUACUAUGAGAUGCAGGAGCUAUUCACAGGCACUAGUGCUGAUGGUUCUUUGGCCAUGGACCAACAUACAUGCACAAUUGAUUCCGAUGACUCGGACAAUGAUGAAGGGUUGUAUGAUCUCAACUGCUAUCCACAGUAUGAGGGCCCUCUUGAGGAGGAUUCUGACACUUUGCCAACAACACAUUGUCCUAAAAGACCUCCAGUACCUGUAGGUGGUGAUAAUUCAACAUCUAGCACUAGCCGAGUUGGUAAGAAGCGCCCAAGAGGUAGCAAGUCACCUACUAAGAAGCCACCAAGAACCAAGAGUCGUUUCGUGGAGACCACUGAAGAAAUCAACUCUACAUUGAGGUCACUCCAGCAAUCCCUUGCUGCCGCUCCUCCUCCAAUGCCCCAAGUUGUUGAUCCUUAUGCUAGUUUAUGGAAGAGGUUGGAGGAACUCCCAAUUACCACAGAUCAAAGAAUUACUGUUGGUGUGCACUUAUCUUGCAAGGACAAUGAAGGUUUGCGUGGUUGGUUAUGCAGUGCAAGUGAAAAAACUUUUGAAACUUGGGUUUGCAAGUUCUUUGCUGACAAAGAUCAUGUUUAUAGCAACAUGUGA